AGAACUAUGUCAAGUUUAAAUCCUCGUCGUACUACCAGAGCGUCUAUAGCAUUGAAUAAAGGAAGUGAUUUUGAGGCCAAAGGAAGUGAUUCUGAGGCUAAAGGAAGUGAUCUGAGGCUAAAGAAAGUGAAUCUGAGGCUAACAGUUCUUCGCACUCCCCUUCUGGUACAAGUUCUGAUGUCGUUGGGAAGAAGAGAAAAAACGACAAUACUCCUCGUCAUACUACCAGGGCGUCUGUUGCAUGGAAUAAGGGAAGUGAUUCUGAGGCUCACGGUUCUUCCUAUUCCGCUUCUGGAAGUAGAAGUUCAAAUCUCGUUGGGAAGACGAGAAAAAACGAAAAUGCUUCUAAGGCUGUGAAGAAGAGGGCUAAAGUUUCUGCUAAAGCAAAAAGGAAGAAGUCUAAGAUCUCCGUCAAUAAGAGGAAAAUUAAAAUCAAACCUGGCGGAUUUAAGGUGUGGUUUUAUGAAUGCUGUGAUUACUGUGAUGACGUUUUUGCUUCAAGAUCGGGUUCUCUACUUCCCCGUAUACUGUCUUGGCACUCAUCUGUUCCUCUCACAUUCAAGAAAUUGAAUAUGAAACUUCUUUGUUUAUCUGCUUCUCAGCUGAAGUUACACAAUCUUGUUCUUUCUGAUGUUGAAAAAGAAUCACCUGAAUUGGAUGAUUUGUUUGCUGGUAAUAUCUUAAGGCCCCAAAGUGUUCCUUCUACUUCAAAUGCUGGGGAG